AUGAUUGAAGAAUUGAAAGAAUAUUUUCAAGAUUACCUAGAGAAAAAGUUUGAAAAAAUAAGUAUUAAAUUAUAAGACUUACAACAAUAAUUCUUUUAACACAAAAAAGAAUAAGAGAUCAAUAUAAUUGAACAUAAAGAGAAAAUGUUGGCAAAUUAUUACAAAUUAGAAAACUAAUUUUAAUCUUUACUUAAAGAUAUUAAUAUCACUUAAAAAUAAGCUGAUGAAAUUAUAGAGAAGAUUUCUAAAAAACUAGUUCCUGCUUGUAAUCCAUAAAAAUAAAUUUCUUUUAUUUAGUCCGUUUAUCCAUAAUAAGUUCAAAGCACAUUUUAAUCUAAUAUAAAUCUAAAAGACUUCAAUAAUAAUAAUUUUUAUGAUUAUUCUCAUAAAACUGCUGAUAAAACUAUAUAAAAUAUAGCAAUAUAAUCCAUUGUUCAUCCAAAAGUUUCUAAUUUUGAUGAGAGUCAAAAUAUAGUUUUUAUUACUAAAUCAGGAGUUAAAUAUCAUAAUGCUUAAUGUAAUUAUCUAAAUAAUUCAAAAACUCCUUUAACAAUAAGAGAAGCCUUAAAAAGAGGAUUCACUUCUUGCUAAAGAUGCUCAUGA